GCACAUCGGCUGCGCAUGCGCUCCUCACACGUGCUUCCAGAACGCCCCCUCCGCUGCCGCGGCUAGGCCGGCAUCAUGGUGCAGAUUUCUGCCCUGCGGCUGCUAAGACGGCCGGGGACGAGAGGAGUCUCGCUCCUGGAGUACUCUACCCCCCGCCACUACAGUUCGUCCCCUCUCCGUGCCCGCGACGAUGCUCGCGACGCGCGCGCUUUCUUCACGACACCCAUUUUCUACGUGAACGCGGCGCCGCACAUCGGGCACCUGUACUCGGCGCUACUGGCAGACGCCUUGUGCCGCCACCGUCGCCUCCGAGUUCCCAGCGCCUCCGCCACGCGAUUCUCCACUGGUACCGACGAGCAUGGCCUGAAGAUUCAGCAAGCAGCAGCCGCUGCGGGCCUGGCCCCGACCGAGCUGUGCGACCGAGUCUCUGCCCAGUUCCAGCAGCUUUUUCGGGAGGCUGGCAUCUCCUCUACCGACUUCAUCCGCACCACCGAAGUCCGGCACCGGAUCGCUGUGCAGCAUUUCUGGGGAUUGCUGAAGGCCCGGGGUCUGCUCUACAAGGGUCUCUAUGAAGGUUGGUAUUGCGCCUCCGAAGAGUGCUUCCUGCCUGAGGCCAAGGUCACCAGGCAGCCGAGUUCCUCGGGGAAUUCGUGUCCUGUGUCUUUAGAGAGUGGGCAUCCCGUAGUCUGGACCAAGGAAGAAAACUACAUUUUCAGGCUUUCUCAGUUCCGAGAGCCUCUUCAGCAGUGGCUGCGGGGCGACCCUCAGGCAAUCACCCCUGAGCCAUUUCAUCACGCAGUUCUUCAGUGGCUAGAGGAGGAGCUGCCAGACCUGUCAGUCUCUCGAAGGAGCAGCCACUUGCAUUGGGGCAUUCCUGUGCCCGGGGACGACUCGCAGACCAUCUACGUAUGGCUGGAUGCCUUGGUCAACUACCUUACUGUAAUUGGCUACCCAAAUGCUGAGUUCAAAUCUUGGUGGCCAACCACCUCUCAUAUCAUAGGCAAGGACAUUCUUAAAUUCCACGCUAUCUAUUGGCCUGCCCUCCUCUUAGGAGCCGGCAUGAGCCCACCACACCGCAUCUAUGUCCACUCACACUGGACGGUCUGUGGCCAAAAGAUGUCCAAAAGCUUGGGCAACGUGGUGGAUCCCAGGACUUGCCUUGAUCGCUAUACUGUGGAUGGCUUCCGAUACUUUCUUCUUCGUCAGGGCGUCCCCAACUGGGACUGUGAUUACUAUGAUGAAAAGGUGGUUAAGUUGCUAGAUUCCGAGCUGGCAGAUGCUUUGGGAGGCCUCUUGAACCGGUGUACUGCCAAUAGAAUAAAUCCUUCUGGGACCUAUCCGGUUUUCUGCACUACCUGCUUUCCCAGUGAGCCAGGGUUGGUGGGGCCGUCAGUUCGUGCACAGGCAGAGGACUAUGCUUUGGUGAGUGCAGUGGCCACUCUGCCCAAGCAGGUAGCCGACCACUAUGAUAACUUUCAGAUCUAUAAAGCUCUGGAGGCAGUGUCCAGCUGUGUCCGGCAAACUAACGGCUUUGUCCAAAGGCAUGCACCGUGGAAGUUGAACUGGGAGAGCCCAGUGGAUGCCCCCUGGCUGGGUACUGUGCUUCAUGUAGCCUUGGAAUGUUUGCGAGUCUUUGGAACUUUGCUCCAGCCUGUCACCCCAAGCCUAGCUGAUAAGCUGCUAUCCAGGUUGGGGGUGUCUGCCACAGAGAGGGGCCUUGGAGAGCUCUGUUUCUUGCCUCGAUUCUAUGGACAUCCAUGUCCUUUUGAAGGGAGGAGGCUGGGACCUGAAACUGGGCUCUUGUUUCCAAGACUAGACCAGUCUAGGGCCUGGCUGGUAAAAGCCCAUAGGACCUAGAAACUUAGUUUUUAAAUUGGCUUGUGGUAAAAAAGCAAAUGUGUUAUUUUCUUAUUUUGCGUUUUUAGGAAAAUUAUGCUAAUGUUUUCUAAAGUGUUGCAUCAUAUGAGCACAUAAACAGUGUCACUGUGAUAAGAGGUUUGUAGCCUUUCAGGUGCCUCCCCUCCUAGUCUUCAGUUCUCUGUGCCCAUUAACCACUAUCCUUUGUACACCAGUGUCUCUAAGAUGUCUCCAGGGUCAAAGAUGGGUGAGAGACAACUUUGCUGAUACUAUUCCUUCUCAUUGUGCCUCCUUCCAAACCACAGUUAAUGUUAUUUGCCCAGACUACCUCUUAUGGCUUGUUUUCCAUUGGCCUGGCCUCUGCUGGGCAAAUUAGUGAAGAUUGGGGGUUGGAGGCCCCCUACCUCAGCUUUUACGUAGUAGUCCUACUUUGUUAUAUAUGUUGGGUUUCCUAUUAAAAAUAAACAGGUUUCUUUAUUAAGCCUUUAAAAACCAGUGUCCUAGACAAGAUGGUUUUUGCCCACGUUUAUAUUUUCAUUUCUUACAACUAUGACUCCCUACCUACUCUGUUAAUAGUCUGAAUAGUUGUGCUUUGUAACAUUACACUUCAACCAGUAGAUGGCUCUACAGUUUCACGUAUUUGAUUACCUAACAUUGACAGUUCAGAAUAUUUAGGAUAAAUUUGUUUUCUGCUAAUUUGGCAGAAUUUAAAGAAAAAUUUUAUUGCUUUUCUUAAAAUAAGGGAAGACUGUAACCACUGCUGUUUUACAUAAAGCAAUAAAAAAAGAUCAGAAUCCUGUUUUUUCAAACUAAAAAAGGACAUUUACUCUAUUAAACAUUUAGUAAGGUAAUAAGUAAAUGUAUCAAAUGCGUUUGGACUAUCCGUGAUAAAUUAUAAAGCUCUCGAGUUGGUUAUGUUAAAAAUUUUAAACUUUAAUAACAGGUUUACAGGUAUGAUUUAAAAAAUUUGUAAACAGCUCAAAAUGGUUAUAUUUUCUUUUUAUUUCUGAAUCAUAAUUUUGUUAACACAUACAUAAUUUACCUUAUGUGAUCUCUUUUGGCAAAUCAGAAUCUAUAAUACAAUAUAGACAUUGUGGAAUAGUUAUAAAUGUUAAUACAUAUACUUUCAAGUACUUUUUACCGAUUAUUUCUUUUGCUGUCUUAAGUUAUUAAAGUUUAAAAGUCUGUGAGUACCUUA